AUUGGCCUUAUUCUCGGAGGGACUGGAAUGGGCGGGGAUGUGCAACUUUGGAUAACUCUGCGUCUCUCUGCUUGGCCUCGGUUAUCAAACAAUGCAUGCGUAUAUGGCGACAUACCAACGUACCCAUGUGGCAGGAUGUGUGUUGGAGUUCACCAAAUUGGGUCUUCACCAUGUUAUCAGCGAUGAGACUGAGAAGGGGAAGAGGAAGGCGAAAGGUAAGGGGUCCUUCGCAUUUCGUACCAACUGUUCGAUUUCAAUUUCGAAAGAAAGAUGGAGCUCAAGCUCUAGAUCAAGAUCAUGUGUCGGAAAUCUAAAGGUUUCGGCAGCGAAGUCUCAAGAACCCGUUGAUUCUUCACGGGCAGAGGCCACUCAAGAAGAAGAAGAAGGAGACGACGAAAAUUAUCGAGUACUUUCGGCUGUAAAAAGCAGUUUCAACGAUAUUUUAAUCCUCGAUAGUUCAAAGUCCAGGAUACUGCUCCUCGACUCUACCCAUAAUGUUCAUAGCAUUCUUUACAAGGACCAGAAAUGGACUGGUUCCUAUUGGGAUGAGUUUGCUAGCUUGCCUGCUAUUGUUCCAAAAGGUCCCAUCGCCAUCUUUGGUUUGGGUGGUGGAACUACUGCUCGGCUAAUGCUUGACUUGUGGCCUUCAUUGCAACUUGAUGGCUGGGAGAUUGAUGGAAUUUUGAUCGAUAAAGCAAGAGAAUAUCUUGGGCUGUCUUAUCUUGAGAAACAUACUGUAGCUGGUGGCAUCCUUAAUGUUCAUAUCGGUGAUGCCCUUUCACAAUCAGUUAAUGUGUCUGAAGGAUAUGCUGGCAUUGUAAUUGACUUGUUUUCUGAAGGAAAAGUGUUGCCACAGUUGCAAGAGGUCAAUACUUGGUUAGAAUUGACUGAUAGAUUGAUGCCCAAGGGUCGUCUCAUGGUGAACUGCGGUGGCAUCAAUGAAGUAUCUGUUGUGAAAGAUGGAGUGCCUCGUCCUGAGACUUCUUCAAUUGAUGGCCCCUGGGUGCAAAAUUCUACUAUCCAGGCACUACUGAAAGCAUUUCCAGAACAAUUGAGCUGGAAGAGAAUGCCUAAAAGGGAUGGUGAAAAUUAUCUUGCACUAACUGGACCUUUGCCCGACUUGGCUUCGUGGUCUGCUAUGGUCCCAGGUCCUCUGAGUCAGAGUGUAAAGCAAUGGAAGCCUUGUGUACCUUCUUAAAACCUGCUCUUGGCUGUUACAAAUGUGACCAGAACGUUUCCCAGUCAAAGUUGCAACAACACUACUCCUAUUCCUGUUAGAUCCCUAUGAGGCAUGUACCAAAAGGAAAGUUUGUGUGUUCUGAGGUUUUAUCCACUGGUUUGUUCAGACUUUUUCUGCAUCCAACUUCCAUAGUCUUCUUCUUGUUAUUGAGAAGAUGGACAUUGAUAGCGAUUAGUAGCCUGUAGCUCAAUUGAAUGUAACCUUCCUCUUUGAGAUGUUGUAGAUAUAUAAUAACCGUGCCGAAAAAUGGCUGUUGCUUGAUGAUAUUUCUAAUACAAAUCCCAAAGUGAUCUGCUCUAAUUUACCUCUA